CAGUUGCAGUUUCCCACACAGCUCGGCUGAACUCAGCCUCAGGUCAUGGACGUCGAACGCUGAGCAGCUGCAUUUUUCUGGCAUCUUGUCCUCUACUCAUCAUCUUCCGCAUCAGCUCCCGACCUGCGGGCGAGUGAUUUGUCCGCGAAUAGUAAAGAGAUCAGAUGCAGAAAGAAGAGGAGAAAUAAUUCAUGCACUUUUCUCAAAACUCCUUUUGAAAUUUAUAAUGGAUAAAUUGAUCGAUGAGUGGCCGAUUGUGACAGUGAACAGGAUUCAUUUGGGAUUGAUGACGGCUUCACUGUUGAAGAUCUCCCAUGGAGCUGCUCGCGGUGAGCUAUGGGAGAUGGAUUGGUUUAGCAUUGGACGCCCAGAUUUGGAUGAUGACGUCAAAUAUGGACACAUCGACUUCAGCAAUCGCAUCCUCCUGCUCUAUUCCGUGUUUGCCAUUAUGGAUCUGAUCAUGUACUUUCGUCAUCACCCGUUUGCGCUCUGGCUCCUGAAUUGUGUUCACCACGUAUUCCGCAUCUUCCUACUGGCUACCACAGUUGCAGGAUCAGCAGUAUGUAUAUGGCAGACUCUGUGUCAGAUCACAUAUUGCUUGUCAUGCGCAUGCCUCUAUUUGAAGAUUGGUCUACUGUUGGAUGAAAAGCGGCCCAUGAAGUUCUUCCGGCGCUUUGCAAAGUACAACUUCUUUGCGUCGAUUGUCAUGCGCUUAAUUGGGUACGUGUUGGCUGCAUACUGGAACUUCCUGGACGUUUUCCGUACGCAUCCGGUACAGAGUACCUCAUUGUUCUUGGCUUAUUUCUUGUUUGACGCUGCGUAUCUGACAUUCCAUUGUUUGCCUCACCCAGAUGAGGGCAAAGAGAAAGAUGUAAGUUCAGCCGGCGACACAAACCAAGUGCAAUUGGAUUCACACGGCAUCGAGCAACCAGCGGAAGCAGCAGCGACACCGCAAUACUGCGCUCUGAACGAUGUAUUUGAUCGCGAGCUAUUUUAUCCCGCCGGCGAGGGACUUAUAGCACCGUUGCGGGGAAUCGGCCUUGUUCCUAAUCAUGUGACUCUGCUAAGCGGUGUUGUACAGCUACUAGGGCUGUAUCUCUUGUUGACUGGCAGCUUCAGAUUGUUUGUGCUGACAUGCGUGUUUGCUGGGUAUGUACUGGACUGUGUGGAUGGGCAGAUGGCUCGCCGAUAUGGCCUUGUAUCUGAUCUGGGUGCUAUGCUUGACACGGGCAAGGAUGCCGUGGUUAUGGCUCUCUACUUGAUUGCUAUAUACGUGUACUGUGGAUGGGCACCGGUCAGCUUUUUGUUACUUGUCGCGUUUGCAACUGUUGCACGAGGUGGUUUGCAGGACCAAAGGCAGCCGUUCAAGACCUGCUAUGAAAUGGUGUUGCUGUUGCCCGAACCGUUGAGAACAGGCCUUCUAUCCUGCCAUGGUGGGGUGUUUACAAUGUGUCUAAUGUUUGUUAUUCUCAUGGCCUGCUGAGUACUGCAGUGUACUGCUCACAGCUGAGAGAUAUUUAAACGUCAUCAAAUCUUGAGUGACCACGUACUGUUCAAGGAACUUGGGACAAUUUUUUUAGUGCUUUAUUUUAUUUCAUGCCAGACUAUGUAGAGCACUUUACCAUUGUUUACUAGAUUAUGUUAGGGAGUUUUUAAUUUCUAUCUGGGCCUUGUGGCGAUCUGACUACGAAUGUCAAUA